AUGGCUAAUAUCAAGGAGCAAUUAGACCAGAAAAUACAGACUCAACAAUUCGAUGAAGCUAUCAAAUUGGCUGAUUCAAUACCGGAAAACAAUAUCAUGCGAUUUUUUUAUAAAGCAAGAUGUUUUCUGGCCAAAAAGGAGUGGAAUGAAGUCGUCAAUCAAACACAAAAAGGCUUAGAAUUGAACAUACCUCCACAAUAAAAGUUUCCUCUUUAUGGAAUGAAAGCUCAAGCCCAUAUGACAUUAUAAUAAUAUAAUGAUGCUGCUGAAUGCUUUUCUCAUGCUUACGAAAUCCAAAAAGAUAAGACUGAUUAGGCUGUGUUGGCCAAUUAUGGUCAUGCGUUAAUGCACAGCGAACCACAAUAGACAGAAAAAGCAAUUGAGAUUCUCAAAUUAGCAAUCAGCAAAGGAGAAGGUACACCUAAUGCCUUUACUGCCUCUGGUAAUCUUAGUAAAAUCUAUUUUGCUCAAUAAGAUUAUGAAAAGGCUCUGGAGAUAUUUGAUAAAUUAGUAAAAAUGCCAUCACAAGAAAAAGAUAAAAUGUUGAUAUUGUGGAAAAACAAAGCAGCUUGUGAAACCAAUCUGAAUAAGAAUGAAGAUGCCAAACAUUCAUUUUUGGAGGCUUAGAAAUUGAAUCCAACUGAUUAAGAAAUUAUAAAGGGCAUUGCCACCAUUUUGUAAAAUGAAAUGAUCUCGUGUGAAAAAAAACAUGAUUACGAAAAAUGUUUAUAAAAUGCAGAGGAACUCUUAAAAAUUGUGACUGCAGACGCUGAUCCUAUGAAAUUGGAAGCCCUGUAUUGUAAAGCUUUAAGUUUGAAAGGACUCAAACGUCCCAGAGAAUAAGUUAUAUAGGCAUAUUAAGAUUUAUUAAAAGUUAACCCCUAGCAUACACAUGCUAUUUCAAAUUUAGCAAUUGAGUAUUAUGCUUAAGAAAACUUUGAAAUGGCUAUUGAGUUUUAUAAAAAAGCAUUAUCAGUCUAAUAAGAUGCCGGAUAUUGGAGUAAUAUGGGACAGGCUUACUUGUCAUUAAAAAACCCAAAUUUCGAAUAAUCCCUUGACUGUUUUAAUAAUGCUCUGAGAUUAAAUCCGAAAGCAGUUCUAUGUUUAACAAAUAGAGCCAUGCUCUUCAUGAAAUUCUUAAAAAAGUAGGAUGCUAUGACAGAUUUGAGAUUAGUUUCUACCCUAAUUGAAAAUCCAGAAAAUGUAGCUGAUCUAAGUGAAUCACAAUUAAAAUACAUUAAAUCAGGAGUACACAAGAUUAUGGAGAUGGAAAAUGCAUUUGAACGGGAAAAGAAGGCUGCUUAAGAGGCUUUGGCUAAAUAAAAUUAAGAAGAUCCUGAGAUUAAGAGAAUCUAAUAGGAAUUAGAGAAGAUUUAGCAAGAAAUUGAUGCUUAGAAUGCAGCUGAGUUAGUAGAGAUGACACAGAAGGAAUAAAAGACAACAGUGAAGAAAGUAUCUAAGGAUGAAAUGAAGUAAAGAAUUUAACAAUUGCUGGCUGAGGCUGAAUAAUCUUAGAAAAAGAAUGAAGAAAAGGUUGAAGAGAUCAAGAUUGAAUAAAAGAAGGAAGACAUAAAAAUAGAAAGAAUUGAAAAGAAAAUAGAUGAAUUAGAGGAAUGCAUAAAAGUUAUUGGUAUUGAUAAAGUAGCAAAGGUGAAAGAGAACUAUGCAAAGUGGAGAACAGAAUAUGUGGAAGGAUAUAAUUAUGCAAAAGCAUUUUAUUGGACAUUCAUUAAUUAUUGUGAUGCCUAAAAGAUAGCAAGUACAGAGAUUAUCAAUCAAGAAAAUGGAUAUUCUGUUGGAACAACAACUAAAGUAGCAGUUAAAGUUACUUAAGCAGUUUUAGAUUUUGGAGCAAAUAUUCCAAUAUUCGGAGCAAUUUUCUCUGCAAUUAAUGGUGCAAUUGGAGCUGUUUAUGAGGAGUAUGAGAAGUUUUAAGAUGAAAAGAAAAGAAAUGCUAUUUUAAAGGUUAUUAUGAAAAAUUAAGAUGCUGAUGAUAAAGAGGCUUGGAGUAUGUUGGUAGCUACUGCUGCUCAAUUGAUAGCAUCUAGAAAAAGGAAGUAUUUCGAAGCAGGAAGAGUGGAAAAGCAAAAAUCUCGUUUGGAUUCAAUGCUUGAUUGGGUUUAAGAUAAAAUUAAAGCUAUUAAAGAUGCAGCAAGUGGAUAAAAAGUAGAUUUGUACGAAUCUUGGGGAGGAUAAGAAGCAACUGAAGACAUCACCAUUUUAUUAGCAUUUAUUAUGAAAAAUCAUGAAGAAAUGGUUACUAAUACUUCACAAUCUUUAGAUAUUACUAUUGCUGACAUUAUUUAUUUGGAAGAUGGGUAAGUGUCAUCUGCAUUUUAAGUAAUGUUAGACAUGGUGAAAAAGAGAGAAGAAAUAGAGAAUCCUAAGAAAGAAACAGAAAGAACAGAUAGCUCUUGUGCUUGCUAAUUGAUUUGA